AUGUCGGCGUCGCAGAAGCCGAUCCGCCUUCCCCCCUUGAAGACUCUCCGAGUCCGCAACCCGAACGGCCAGCGCGAGCGCCCGUGCAUGGCCAUCAUGUCCUCUGUGCUCGCCUGCUGGGCGUCCGCCGGUCACAGCACGGCGGGAUGCGCCCAGAUCGAGAACGCGCUGCGGGAGUGCAUGGACGGCCCCCAGCCGUCGCGUCCGAAGGGCAACGAGAUCAACUUCCACCUCGCCCGCUUCAAAGACCGGCUUACGUACCCGGCGAGGAAGAAAAAGUGA